UGCAAAUGUAUGUAAACCGUGAACUAUAUUAAACACUACAGCUAGCUGUACUUUGAUUGCUAUGAAGAAUUACCUGUAUAACAAAAUUGCAGUGUUUGGUGUUUGUACCUUUUUCUGAACGGGAUGUAAAUUUUUAGUGACAGAUAUUUGGCUGUCAACAUAAAUAAAUAUUGAGGAUUUCGGAGAAUAAACGUGACUGAAAUCUGGAAUAUUUUGCACAGAGUCAAUGGCUACAUCAGAAGAAAGGCUUGCCUUGUUUAAGGCGGAGUACCCUCACACAGAUAAUGUUUCCCUGACCGGGGCAGAUCUGGGCGUGGUGGCCGGAUACUUUGUUAUUAUCAUUGCCAUAGGAGUUGUGGCAAUGUGCAGGUCUAAUAGAAGCACAGUUGGUGGCUUCUUUCUCGCAGGAAGAUCUAUGUUCUUUUUACCUAUUGGUGCUUCACUGUUUGUCAGUAACAUCGGAACUGAACAUUUUAUAGGUCUUUCCGGCUCGGGUGCUGCACAGGGUAUUGGUGUUGGAGCAUGGGAAUUUAAUGCAACCCUACUCUUACAGCUACUCGGCUGGAUAUUUAUCCCCGUGUACAUCGCAUGUGGGACGUACACGAUGCCUGAAUACCUCACAAAGCGGUUUGGUGGUGAAAGACUGCGGGUUUACUUUGCAUUACUGUCUCUAAUUUUAUAUAUAUUCACAAAAUGUUCUGGGGAAACUUUUUCACGGGGGAUUGUUUAUAAGCCCAAAAUUUGCCCAAAAUGGGAUUUAUAUUUAUGUAUAUUUAUCCUAGUCACUGUUACAGGAAUAAUGACCAUGACAGGUGGUUUGACCGCUGUGAUAUAUACAGACACCAUGCAGGCCAUACUGAUGGUUGGUGGCGGUCUAACUUUGAUGGCAAUGAGUUUCUCAAAGAUCGGUGGUUAUGACGGCCUUGCCCGAAAAUACCCGAAUGCAACUACCAAGAUGACGUAUAGAAUGCCAAACACCACGUGUCACGAGACAGACCCGAACUCGUUCCGGAUGUUACGUGAAGCAGACGAUGACUAUAUGCCGUGGUUAGGGUUUCUGCUAGGACAGACGCCGGGGUCUAUUUGGUACUGGUGUGCCGAUCAGGUGAUUGUGCAGCGCCUCCUAGCGGCCAAGAGUUUGUCACAUGCUCAAGGAGCCACACUGAUGGCCGGUUUUAUAAAAGUUUUACCAUUAUUUAUGAUGGUGAUGCCUGGAAUGAUCAGCAGAGUUCUCUACGCUGACGAGGUUGCAUGUGUUGACCCACAAAUAUGUAACUAUGUAUGUCAAAGCGAGGCUGGAUGUAGCAGUAUAGCUUAUCCGAGACUUGUCCUCGGUAUCAUGCCAGAAGGUUUACGUGGUCUUAUGAUGGCGGUGAUGAUAGCGGCUCUUAUGAGUGACCUUGACUCGAUCUUUAACAGCGCCAGUACCCUGUUCACUGUUGAUAUUUAUACUAAAAUUAGAAAGAACUGUUCUCAAAGAGAACAAAUGCUUGUAGGCAGACUUUUCAUACUCAUCAUGGUGGGCGUGUCAAUAGCGUGGGUACCAGUGCUAAAGGAGACACAAGGGGGUCAAGUUUUCAUUUAUAUACAAGAAAUUACAAAUUAUUUGGCUCCACCUUUUGCAGCCAUAUUUCUGCUGGCAGUACUAGUACCGAUGGUCAAUGAACAGGGAGCAUUCUGGGCGUUGAUGUUGGCUUUUCUGACUGGUGUUAUACGGAUGAUCUUGGCAUUUGUCUACUACAGUAGUGGAGGCUGUGGUAAAGAUGACAAUCGUCCCGCCAUCUUGAAGAACUUUCAUUACAUGUAUUUCUCGCUAUUUAUCACACUGUUGACUGGUGUGACAGCUAUUGUGAUCAGUUAUUUUACCGGCAGACCUCAUGAGAAAUACUUGACACGUACGACAUUUUGGACGAGGAAAUCUGCUCCGUACAUAGAAGAGACAGAACCUGACAAACCAGGUCAAGAUAAGGAGAAUGGUUUCACAAAUCUUGCAGCAACAGGUGAUAACAAUAUGCACGUGUUCUCCGUGGAGGAAAAACAUCACUACAGGGACCCGAAACUUGAUGAACCAGAAGAAGAUAACGAGAUGCAUUGCGCGGGAAAGGCGCUGAAUUAUGUUUGCGGAAUCACAAACGAAGUUGACGAAGAAAAGGAACGGCAACUGCGGUUACACAUGGAGAAAGUUGCGUGCCUUGAACAAAACAAAUACGCCAAAAUAGGCCUUAAUAUAGGUUUAGUGAUAAUUUUAACCCUGGGUGUUUUCUUGUAUAUAUUUUGGUCCUUUUGGAAAUAUGAACCCUGAACAUUGCUGGUGUGUUCAAGUUGAAUUUGACACAAAAUAUCAAAACUCAUGUAAUCAGAACUAGCCUAGUGGAGUUAUAGAGAACUAUUUACAUUCUAUAUUUGAAAUAUGCAAAAUAGUAGAAUUGUAAUGUAUCUCUUCAAAACAGGUUCGUCAACAAAAACUAUCAGGAUUAACUAGCACAAUAUGUCUAAAUACGUAUUAAUAUUGAUAUUAAAUAAUUGAUAUAAAAUGAUUGCAAAAUACAAGUGUGACAAUAAGACCUAAUUUAAACUGCAAUAUCAGUAUUUUGACACUUUUGGAGUCUCCAUAUAUACAUGAUUGCGUUUUUUUCUCAAAAAAUAACUUUACGUGCCGCUCAUGUGAAGUGGUUGUGGUCUUCAUCCAUUGGUAAAAUGUUGCAAAAAUCGAACUACAAAGUCAAUCUUAUAUACAUGAUUGUUUUUUCCUUUCUCAAAAAAAUCAAAUUACGUGUCGCUCACGUUAAGUGGUUAUGGUCUUCAUCCAUUGGUGGAAAGUUACAAAAUUCGAACUACAGAGUCAAUCUUAAUAAGAUAAAUCAAAAGACGAAUUCAGUUAUUUCCUAACGUUUGACAGAACUAAUUUUCAAGACCGGAUAUUGCAGAGGCUGGCUGCAUCAUUAGCUUUUAUGUUAUUAACCUCUCAGGCCAUGUUGCUUCAUGGGAAUGUUAUUUUUUACAUACAUAUCAAAUGUACACAUAUAAGUAGUUCUAUUAAAGAU